GCAUCCUAGACGCUCCCCUCCCCUUAUAUAUACAGCCGCCGCGCUGCAUGCCGGGAGUUGGAGUUUCCGUACAGGUGUCUUGCAGCUGUGAGGAACCGGAGAUCCUUUACUAGAAGUCACGUAAAUGAUGUCACGGAGGAUGGACAAGGACAGGAGUCAUGUGACUGAAAGGAUAUUAAGCCUCACUGUGGAGAUCAUCCAGCUGCUGACAGGAAAGGAUCACUCAGUAGUGAGGAAGACAUCUGGAAACUGUGAGACACCCAGCAGCCAUCCCCGUGUGUCAGGAGGACUGAGCAGGACCCAGAGCCCCAUCACGGUGCCUCUACCUCACUCACUGAUACAUGAGAGGCACAGUGACCAGAAGAUCCUGGAGCUCACCAACAAGAUCAUCCAGCUGCUGACUGGAGAGGUUCCUAUAAGGUGUGAGGACGUCGCUGUCUAUCUCUCCAUGGAGGAGUGGGAGUAUAUAGAGGAACACAGGGGCCUGUACAAGGACGUGAUGAUGGAGAAUCACCAGGCAUUGAAGACGGAUAUGACUGAGAGGAUAAUAAAUCUCUUCCUGGACAUCAUCUGUGUGCUGACUGGAGAGGAUCACACAGUAGUGAAGGGAACAUCUGGAGAGCGUGAGCCACCCAGCAGCCAUCACCGUGUGUCAGGAGGACUGAGCAGGACCCAGAGCCCCAUCACAGUGCCUCCACCUCACUCACUGAUACAUGAGAGGCACAAUGACCAGAAGAUCCUGGAUCUCACCAACAAGAUCAUUCAGCUACUGACUGGAGAGGUUCCUAUAAGGUGUGAGGAUGUCACCGUCUAUUUCUCCAUGGAGGAGUGGGAGUAUAUAGAGGAACACAGGGGUCUGUACAAGGACGUGAUGACGGAGAAUCACCGGCCCCUCACAUCACUGGAUGGGGCCAGUAACAGGAAUACCCCAGAGAGAUGUCCCCGUCCUCUUUAUUCCCAGGAUCAUACAGAGGAGAAACACAGUGUCCCACAGGAGGGUCAGUCUGAAGAACUUGUUAACGUAGAAGAUAUAAAGAUAGAAGAAGAUACGUAUGUGAUGGGUGAUCAGCUGUGUAAGGAGGAGGAGAUCCCUACAGGUAUCAGCACAGACCCAUCUAAAGAUCCAUCUACUGAUAUAAAGGAGGAAUCAUUCUUAUGUGAUGGAGGAGACCUCGCACACACUGAUCAUACACAGAAAAUAUCUACUCAUAUAAAAAGCAACUGCAUUACAAAUGCGUCUUGCUCUGUAUGUGGAAAAUGUUUUACUCUUAAUUCAGAUCUUGUUAGACAUCAGAGAAUUCAUACAGCUAAGAGACCGUUUUCUUGCUCGGAAUGUGGGAAAUGUUUUACAUGUAAAUCAAAACUUGUUAUACAUCAGAGAAGUCACACAGGUGAGAGGCCAUAUUCCUGCUCUGAAUGUGAGAAAUGUUUUACAGUGAAAUCAGAACUUUUUCGACAUCAGAGAAGUCACACAGGUGAGAGACCAUAUUCUUGCUCUGAAUGUGGAAAUGGGUUUAGAAAUAAUUCAGAACUUGUUGAACAUCAGAGAAGCCAUACCGGAGAGAAACCAUUUUCCUGCUCUGCUUGUAGGAAAUCUUUUACACGGAAAUCAGAUCUUGCUCGACAUCAGAAAAGUCACACGGGGCAGAGACCAUAUUCCUGCUCUGAGUGUGGGAAAUGUUUUACACGUCAUCCACAUCUUGUUAUACAUCAGAGUCUUCACACCGGAGAGAGACCGUAUUCUUGCUCGGAAUGUGGGAAAUGCUUUAGACGUAAUUCUCAACUUGUUGUACAUCAGAGACUUCACACCGGAGAGAGACCAUAUUCCUGCUCAGAAUGUGGGGAAGGGUAUAGAAGUUUUCCAGAGCUUGUUAGGCAUCAGAGAUUUCAUACAGGUGAGAGACCGUUUUCUUGCUCAGAAUGUGGGAAAGGGUUUGAAGAAAAGUCUCUACUUGUUAGACAUCAGAUGAUUCACACAGGAGCAUAUCCAUAUUCCUGCUCUGAAUGUGAGAGAGGUUUUUCAAUUAAAUCAGAAUUUGUUAGACAUCAGAGAUUUCAUACAGGUGAGAGACCGUUUUCUUGCUCAGAAUGUGGGAAAGGGUUUGAAGAAAAGUCUAUACUUGUUAGACAUCAGAUGAUUCACACAGGAGCAUAUCCAUAUUCCUGCUCUGAAUGUGAGAGAGGUUUUUCAAUUAAAUCAGAAUUUGUUAGACAUCAGAGAAGUCACACAGGUGAGAGACCGUAUUCUUGCUCGGAAUGUGGGAAAGGGUUUAGAAGUAAUGCAGAACUUGUUAUACAUCAGAGACAUCACACGGGAGAGAGACCGUAUUCUUGCUCAGAAUGUGGGAAAGGGUUUAGAAGUAAUGCAGUACUUGUUAUACAUCAGAGAAGUCACACAGAUGAGAGACCGUAUUCUUGCUCGGAAUGUGGGAAAGGGUUUAGAAGUAAUGCAGAACUUGUUACACAUCAGAGACGUCACACGGGAGAGAGACCGUAUUCUUGCUCAGAAUGUGGGAAAGGGUUUAGAAGUAAUGCAGGACUUGCAGUACAUCAGAGAAGUCACACAGGAGAGAGACCGUAUUCUUGCUCGGAAUGUGGGAAAGGGUUUAGAAGUAAUGCAGAACUUGUUAUACAUCAGAGACAUCACACGGGAGAGAGACCGUAUUCUUGCUCAGAAUGUGGGAAAGGGUUUAGAAGUAAUGCAGUACUUGUUAUACAUCAGAGAAGUCACACAGAUGAGAGACCGUAUUCUUGCUCGGAAUGUGGGAAAGGGUUUAGAAGUAAUGCAGAACUUGUUACACAUCAGAGACGUCACACCGGAGAGAGACCGUAUUCUUGCUCUGAAUGUGGGAAAGGGUUUAGAAGUAAUACAGGACUUGUUAUACAUCAGAGACGUCACACCGGAGAGAGACCGUAUUCUUGCUCUGAAUGCGGGAAAUGCUUUACAUAUAAUACACAACUUACUAAACAUCAGAAAAGUCACACAGGAGUGAACCCAUGAUAUAGGUCUGAGUGUAAGGAGAGGGAGUUAUAGUAAGCCAGAACUUUUACACGAGUGCGGUCACCCGGGAGCAUAGUCAUAUUUCAUUCUCUGUGUUUUACAUGUUUAUGUUCUUCACCGCAGAAUGUGUGAUUAUUACUAAUAAUAAUAACAAGUAUUAAUAUACUCUGCACCGAGCCUGAGUGCGGCUAUCUUGAAGCUUACGCCUAGAUUUCCCAGCAUGAAAUUCACACCCCGCUAUAUGAUACCAGCUUCUUUACUGGUUCCCUACGUUUUCUGUGUAUCUCUUCUACAUCCUCCUUUGUCAUUAAUUGGUUUUCUUCCAGUCCUCAUCCUCCACCCGCUAUCAAGAUUCAGCACCAAAAGGGAUUCCCGCAAUUCCACGGAAGGAGUACAGGGGGUAAUUCCAAGU